CCAUGCCCUUUUUCAAACAAUACCAUUUUAAGACUUGAGUGAUGACUCCUCUAUAAAGAGCAUCGUACUGUGACGUUGAAGGGAACCAGAAAACUUUCAGAGUGGAAUCUUCUCUGAAACUGAGCAACCUUUCAGAAUCGUGAAGCCUGAAAACGCCUUCUCUGCUUUGUUUUUCUCUUCAGAAGAAAAUGGAUGCUACUGUUAUAAUGCGUUCAUCUCUGGUUCAACCAAAACCUUCACUAUCUGCUAAAACCCUUCAAAACCCAUCUCUGUCUCGCCUAUCCAGGCUCUCUCCUCCAUCAAGGAUUGGAUUUGUGGCCAAAAAGAGAACUGGGAUUGUUGGAAAAGCGUCAUUGUCAUCGGCUGUAUCGGACUCAAGCGCUUCACUUUUGGAGAAUAAGAAAAACAAAAGGAAUCCUAUUAUCGUCAUUGACAAUUACGAUAGUUUCACUUACAAUCUUUGCCAGUAUAUGGGAGAGCUUGGAUGUUACUUUGAGGUUUAUCGAAAUGAUGAGUUAGCUGUAGCAGAGCUGAAAAGGAAAAACCCUAGGGGAGUGCUUAUCUCCCCUGGUCCAGGCAUACCCCAAGAUUCUGGAAUAUCUUUGCAAACAGUUUUGGAGCUUGGACCUACUGUACCUUUGUUUGGUGUUUGCAUGGGUUUGCAGUGCAUUGGCGAGGCUUUUGGAGGAAAGAUAGUGCGUUCUCCAUAUGGUGUUAUGCAUGGCAAAAGUUCUCUUGUUUAUUAUGAUGAGAAGGGGGAAGAUGGGUUGUUCACUGGAUUGCCAAACCCUUUCAACGCUGGCCGAUAUCACAGCCUCGUGAUUGAAAAGGAAAGUUUUCCUGGGGAAGAGCUUGAGGUUACCGCAUGGACAGAAGAUGGACUGAUAAUGGCUGCUCGGCACAAAAUAUAUAAGCAUCUACAGGGCGUUCAGUUCCAUCCAGAGAGCAUCAUAACAUCUGAAGGCAAGACUAUUGUUCGCAAUUUCAUCAAACUGAUGGAGAAAAAGGAGGCAGCUGAAUCCCAGAAUUAGAGGUCUUCUUCUGCAUGGAUGUACAUCAGUCGUAGAUGUCACAUAUCAGCGUAGGCAAUAUAAUAGCUGAUGGAUAGCCUCAUAUCCUUUCCUUGUUGUUCCUUUUCUUCUGGCUAAAACUUUUCUGAAGGCAUCUACCUCUUCUAGGUGGAAAGCAUCUUAGGGAUAUUUAUUUUAUUGGAAUUUCCUUUAUGUUUCUUAUUAACUGUCUGUUUCACCACACCAAAAAGGAAAAAAA